GUAGCGGGUUUUAUUCGGUCCGCAACAUUUAGUUGCCGUAGUCACGUGCCCCGUGUGUACCGCUGCCGUCUGUCAGUCCGUCGGCGGCGUCGCAACAAUUUUAUCGUUAUUAUUAUAAUUAAAGCACUUGCAAGAGGUCUCUCGCGAGUUAACUGCAAUUUCGUAUCCGGUAGAUCGGACUUUUUGAAGAUACAAAAAAACCGUUUGACUCUUUCCGGGCGUCAAGUCGGUGAAGUGCGCGCGCGCUAGUCGCCCAUCAACCCGACGGCUUUCGAUCCGGAUUCGCUACCAUAAGUAUAAUCUGCACGUCCGCCUAAACGGUAGCGACGACACCAGUUAUGGAGUCGCGCCUGCAACGGUCGACGUCUCGGUGCGACAGUUAUUACUAUUGCCGUCGCGCCGCCGUCGAUGCUUUCCCGAUGACGUCAACGCUUGUCGCCGUCUUGUUUUCUCUGAUCGUCUUCCAAAUCAUCUCCAACACAGAUCAGGCGGCGUUGGCCGUGAACGUUGUGCGAGUGGUCAGGGUGGACGUGCCGUCAGUGGUUCGGUCAUACGAUGCCAAACCCGAUCCGUCGACCACUGCGAUUGGCGGUGCACCUCCGCCGCUUUUGUUGGGCUGCGUGUACGCGUUGGAGGGUGGCGAGAACGACGACGAGAACGGCGAUGUGAUCGUUGCGACGAAACCAUCGCGGACGGUCAACGGGACCGCGUCCACGGCGAACGGCGCCCGGGACCGGCGGUCAUCGUCGCCGGCACCGGACCUGGCCAUGGACGAGGCCAUGGAGGAGGUGCAGCGGCUACGGGGUUUGGUGGUCAAGUGGUACUUCCGGCGUAACCCCAUACCGGUAGCACCCAACGACGCGAUGGCCAUCAUCAACGACAACGAGCAGGUGUAUCAGUGGAUAGCUGGCGGAGGGCCCGAGGCGGGCGGCGGGCUGGGUCCUCUCAGCGGAAGGACGGUCGACGUUACCGCAGAGACGCCACGCGCAGACCGGUCGUACUUGCACCGGGUCAUUCGGGUAGAGCGGCCCACCGCCGAGCUCACCGGCGAGUACAGGUGUCAAGUGGAGGACUGGAACUCUGAACGCCGAUCCGCCUGGCACCCCAUGGUCGUAUACACACCGGAACGAAUUUUCAAAAUAUCCGUGGACGAUAACGACGAUGAUGACGAAGAUGAUAUCGCAGAAGGCAGUGGCGGCGAUGUGAAUUUCACGACACCGGCAGAGCCGACGAGUAGCAGCGCCCCGUCGACUGGCCCGAAAAAGUGGCCGACUGAAAUCAACAUCACGUGCUACGCCGCCGGCAUGCAUCCCGAGCCGUCUAUGAGCAUUUGGGUGAAUGGAGU